CAGCGUGGACAGCCAGUUCACGUAUCAGUUAGCAGUAUAUUACCAAGCAAGUUUGGUUUGCUUGUAAAAUCGGUCGAGAAUUUUAAUAUUGGAACCGAGAUUAUAAAAACGGCAGCAACCCCUCCUGAACCACGCUUCUUUUUGUACACAUUCCCAGAAGACGUUGAUGAAGUAAACGUGAAGGUACAUUCGGAAAGUGUCAUUUGUGCCAGAGUAAUUGCUCGACGAGCAAAUUGUCCAUUGUUCGAUGCAUCGGGAUUGUUCGAGGCGAGUGAUACGUAUUUUUAUCAAACCUUUACCACAUUUGCUGGACUUCUAAUCAAGAAACAGAACAUUGGUCGGCAAUUUCAUUUGGCAGUAACUAUUGAUCCAGACGACUCCAUUUGUGGACCAUCGGACAGUCCGAAUUCUCCUGAUCAGAAUCCGUCCAGAAUCAAAAAUGUAACAAUUUCAAUCAAACCAGCAGACGAGAACAUUGUAUAUGUCUUUAUUCCAACAUUCGUGUAUGUUGUAGUCUUCUUGUUUGUGAUUAUAGUUUUACAAUGGCAAUCAUUGCGUAAGAGUAACAAUGAACGAGGCGCUGUUUCGAACCCUGAAGCGCCCGAAGAUGUGGAAUUGUUAAUUGAAGAUGUUAAUGAAUUUGAUAAAUUUGUGACUCAUAAGGAGUAUCAAGAGGUAGAGGAAAUACCAAGAUUAGGAGAAGCUCCAACGAAAAAGAACGAUGAAUCCAAAUAUUUCAACUUCUUAUUUUUCCAAGUAUUUGGCUCAAUUUUACCUGCAUUAACAACACUUUUCAAUUUUAAUCAUAACCCAAGCAAUUUGGAUACUUGCUAUUUCAACUACAAGUGUUCUUACAACUUUUUGACUUUCAAGUCGUGGAAUUCAAUGAUGAGUGCAAGUUCUCUCGUCUUUAUCGGACUUUUGAACUUUCUCGUUGGCUAUUUGCCUUGCUGUAAGAAACCAUCACCGGGACCCAAUGGACUACAAGAGAUCAAUGCUCCGAAAAACGUUUUUCUCCUUGGAUUGAUAGUUUUGGGCAUGUUAUGGACAAUUUCAAACAGCUGCCCAAGUGAUGAAACACUUCAUUUAUACAUCUACACAACAAUGUGGGUUUCGUACUCUGCGUUCAUGUGGAUUUAUUCAAAAAGGCAUGGUUCGUCAAUGGCAUCAGUUUUACAUUAUUGCAGUCUCAUCAUUUUUCGGAUUCAUCUCUCUAGCUGAAAAUAUGGCUCACAGGGAUGGGUACCCGAUAAUAUUUAUAAAAACAAUUGCCAUGAUCGCUAUGAUUUCCUCAGCAAUGUUUUUCUGCUACCAGUAUUACUAUGAGAGACCAUUGGGAACCCAAGAAAACCAGUGGGAUAUGUGUCUACGGAAAAAGAAACAAGAGCAUCAGCUUUUACCCGAAGAAAAUAUAGUUGUCAAAUAUAAACCUCUAAAGUCAAAACUAGUUCUCAUAUUUUUAGUAAUGACUUUGUCAUUCGUCAUGCCAAUACUUUCAUUUACGAUUCCUAAUUUUUCAAUCAGCUUCUCAAUCUUUCUUUGGGCGAAAUUGCAAGUUUUAAUCUAUUUCUUUUUCUAUAUUGUUCGAAAAGCAAUAAUUGAACACAAAACGUUCACUAAAAGUUUUAUCGGCUCUUGCACACUUCUCAUAAUUGCGUUCGUCUUGUUGGAAUUCGCGAGUCGCUUCUUGGAAUUGUUUGAGCCAACUUAUGAUGUUAUGCUGACACCUGCCAAGUUUCGUGAACUCAACUCGGAUUGCAUUGCUCCCGGCUUUGACUGGAACGAUGUGCGACAUUAUUGUUGUGCAAUUGACUACCUCAUUUUUAUUGCACUAAUGACCAUAAUUGACUCAAACCUCGAAAAUGUUCCCACAAAUCAAAUUCUCGUCUUUUAA